CCAGACGAGACCGAGAGCGAGCGAGGGCGGGAGGAGGGGAGGUCAGAGGUCACAUUUCGCCCUUUUUUGACCCUUCACGAUGGCGGAGAUGGACGAGCAGGAGCGGAAGAUAGUCAACGAGUUCUGCCACCUGCUUGAAAAGAGUAAGCAGUUGUUCAACGGCCUCAGGGAUCUGCCGCAGUAUGGGCACAAGCAAUGGCAGGCAUACUUUGGCCGCACCUUUGACAUCUACACCAAGCUGUGGAAAUACCAGCAACAGCAUCGCCAGAUCCUGGACGCCAAGUUUGGGCUCAAGCGAUGGCAGAUUGGCGAGAUUGCCUCCAAGAUCGGACAGCUAUAUUACCACUACUACCUGCGUACAAGUGAGACCAACUAUCUCAAUGAAGCGUUCUCCUUCUAUGCUGCAAUCCGUGGGCGCGCGUAUUACACCCGCACUGCCAAGGACGACAGGAAUGUGCAGAUGUCUGACCUCAUGGUGAAGAAGCUGAGGUACUAUGCUAGAUUCAUAGUUGUUUGUCUGUUACUCAAGAGGAUGAAGCUCGUCCGGGACCUGGUGCGGGAGUUGAGUAAGCAGAUCGAUGAGUACACGGCUACCUACGAGCCCGAGGACCAGUUGGAGUGGUCGCUGGUCCUGGCGGAAAUCAAGUCUUUCAUCGACGCGGAUAACACCAUCAACGUUCUGGACAUGGAUUCCAACACCAUCGUCCUCUCCCACAGGUUAAGUGGUCACAAUACCCCCCCGGUGGAGAAGACGCCCCUGAUGACCUUGACCCUACAGGAGAUCCUCAUUGUGGGAAACUGUAACGAUCAGGUCAAAUUCAGCGAGCUUACCAUCGACAUGUUCAGGAUGCUUCAGACGCUGGAACGGGAGCCCCAGGAGGACAUCACCCAGCUCUACGACACCUCCCCUGCCCCUACCAAGAUGGCCGCCUUCAAUGGCGACACGACCACAACCACAACCACCACCAACACAACCACCACCACCACCACCACCACCUCGAACCCCGCCACCACCAACCUCCCCAGCGGCGGCCCUGGGAGCGGCGGGGGGACUGGGGGGGGCGGGGGAGGCAUUGGCGGCCCCAGAACCUUGAAGCGCGACAACCCCCACAAAUACCUUCUGUACAAGCCAACCUUCUCCCAGUUAAUGGUGUUCCUGGCGUCAGGGUUCAAGGAGCUCCCGGCUAAUGGGGCCAUGCUCCUCUACAUCAGUGCCGACCCAGCCUACAGCAACGCCAAGCACCCACAGGACCGUGAGUACCGCUGGCUUGCUGAUCAUGCGGCCUACGACUUCGGCGGGGUCAUCACCAACAGCAAGCGCGACAACACCACAACCACCACCACCACCACCACCACCACCGCCGCCUCGGACCACUCCAACGCGUCCAAACGUGCGCUACAGCUCAAGGACAUGCACUGUUUCUACCCGGGUGACCUGUAUGCCUUCACCCGCAAGCCACUCUUCAUUGUGGUUGACUCUGAGAACUCUGCGGUUUUUGGUAACAUGCCGCACUUUUUUGGGCAGCCGCUGGUGAUCUUAAUGUCCCCCCAAGACACCCCGACGCAGUUCCAGGACCAGCACCAUCGCGGCAAUCUGUUCACGCUGUUCCUGCAUUCCCCGCUGAUGGGCCUGUGCCUGGUCUCCUCGCUGUGUGACAUACCCAUGGCGCUCUGGGAGAAGUGUCAGACACUGGUCGAUAGAUUCUCCGCAGAGGCGUCCAGGCUUGUGGCGCGCGGCAGGAGUGUGGACCCAUCGUUCCUGCAGUUCUUCGGGGAUGACUUUCUGCGGCUGCUUAUCCUGCGUUACAUUUUCUGCUCGACUGUUUUGAGAGCACAUCGGGUCUUCAAGGGCCGACAGUUCUACCCUCGUACACACCCCGCGUUGCCCGAAGCUGAAAUCCUCGACCACCCAGCCCUAUACAGCCUCGUGCUCGACCUUGCCGCCGCCCUGGACGUCAGCCACCUCUACUACGACUCCCACGACCUCCAAUGACCCCACCCCCCCACGUGCUGACCCUCUAGGGGGGGCGGGGGAGCGGCGUUCAUCGGGGAGGUCAACCGUUUGUCAAGCUGGAUUGGAUCGCUUCUGGUCAGUCAAUCACAGAAUCGGGUUGUCACGUACCACGCUGCUGCCGCCGCAACCGAGCGCCACGG